UCUUGAUGACGUAGUUCGUAGGCGGUCAAUUCUGUCUAUUGUGUUUAUCUUGAGCUCUCCACAGUUCUCUCGUGAAUGGAUACACCAUUAUCGUUUAAGAUUAUUACCCCUCUUUUGGACAUGGACUGGAACACAUCUUAAAUAUUAGUCAGCUGUGCACACAUUUGAAAAUGAAUAAAGGAUGGCUGGAACUCGAGAGUGAUCCAGGACUCUUCACUUUGCUGGUUGAAGAUUUUGGUAUCAAAGGUGUCCAAGUAGAGGAAAUUUAUGAUCUUCAAAGCAAGUGUCAAAGUCCUGUAUAUGGCUUCAUCUUCCUGUUCAAGUGGAUCGAGGAACGUCGAUCCAGGAGGAAAGUUAACACUUUGGUGGAUGAGACCUCUGUCAUUGACGAGGAAAUUGUAAAUGAUAUGUUCUUUGCUCAUCAGCUGAUACCAAAUUCAUGUGCCACCCACGCUUUGUUGAGUGUGCUUCUGAACUGCAGUGGCGUUGAGCUUGGCACCACCCUUAGUCGCAUGAAGGCUUUCACCAAAGGCUUUAGUCCAGAGAGUAAAGGUUACGCAAUAGGAAAUGCCCCAGAGCUUGCCAGAGCACAUAAUAGCCAUGCCAGACCGGAGCCAAGGCAUCUGCCGGAGAAACAGAAUGGGAUCAGUGCAGUGCGGACCAUGGAGGCCUUCCACUUUGUUAGCUAUGUGCCCAUCAAAGACCGCCUGUUUGAGCUUGAUGGACUCAAGGCUUACCCCAUUGACCACGGGCCCUGGGGAGAGGAGGAGGAAUGGACCGAUAAAGCUCGGCGGGUUAUCAUGGAGAGGAUUGGACUGGCCACUGCUGGUGAACCGUACCAUGACAUUCGCUUCAACCUGAUGGCAGUGGUGCCUGACCGCAGGAUGAAAUACGAGUCCAAACUGGAAAUUCUAAAGAGGAAUCGACAGACUGUUCUGGAGGGUCUACAGAAGAUGAUCCGGCUCAGUCAGCCCGAGCAUGUCCAUGACAAGAAGCAGCAGGAGUCUUCCUCCCCUGAUGAUAGCACCACUGCGAUCAAGAAAGAGGCAGAUGUGGAGCCAGUUACAACCCAGGGCGCUGAUCCAGCAGAUGAGUCAGGAGUUCAGUCUAAGGAUGCCCCUAGCCCCUCAGGAAACUCUAAGGUCAUGGGCAAACCCCCAGUCCCCACAGGAGGAGGACCACAGGAAGUCACCAGUCCCAACCACAUUGUUCAACGGCUGCCUGCUUUCCUGGACAACCACAACUAUGCCAAGUCUCCAAUGCAGGAAGAAGAGGAUCUUGCUGCUGGAGUUAGUCGCUCUCGAGCGGCAGGGCCUCCCCAACCCCCAUACUCCGACGAUGAAGAUGACUAUGAGGAUGAUGAGGAGGAAGUAACUGCUUCCGCAGGCACAUCCAACAGGUUUAGACGGAAGCCAAGUCUGCGAUCGCGACCAGGACGUGUCGGGGCUGGAAUGGAGAGCCAGAUUGCCCUCACUGUAUUGGCUGAGAAACUGAAGAAGGAGGCCCAAAGGAAAGAUGCCCUAAAUACACCCCUUUCUGUACGCACAGAAGGGCGCACAGGAGGCAUUUGCAUUACAUCUGCUUCACAGCCUUCCCCCACACCCAGCAACGAAAGCACUGACACAGCCUCUGAGAUUGGCAGUGCCUUCAACUCCCCGCUGCGCUCACCCGCACGCUCCCAGGCUGCCACACGCCCAUCCAGUCCAGUUGCAUCCCAUCUGUCUCGUGUGCUGUUCGGAGAAGAUGAAAUGCUGAGGCUAGACUCCAGACAUAACCGCGCUGUAAGAGAACUGGGUCCCUCUGUCAGCGCAGCCUUGUUACACCUGCAGGAGGAUGGAGUCAUCUAUGCUCUCGCUCCAUCUGAUUUGGCUGCUGAUGGCACAAAGCGGCCUUGCACUCCAGAGAAGAUGAAAGAAAAAGGGAAAGCAGACCCCCCAUCAGUAGAGAAGGAACGAGUAAAAGAGGGAAAGGAGGGACCGUCUGUGGGGGUGAAAGAAGAGGAGAGCAAAGAUGGAGGAGAGGGGAGCAAGGAAAAGCCCAACACUCUGGAAACUGCUACAGACAACAAGCCCCCUGGGGAUAAGUACUCUCCCAAGGAGCUGCUUGCACUACUUAAGUGUGUGGAGGCUGACAUUGCCAAUUAUGAGGUGUACCUAAAGGAGGAAGUAGAAAAGAGAAAGAAAUACAAAAUUGAUGAUCAGAGGAGGACCCAUAAUUACGAUGAGUUCAUCUGCACCUUUAUAUCAAUGCUGGCCCAAGAAGGCAUGUUGGCCAGCCUUGUGGAGCAAAACAUUUCCGUGCGUCGUCGGCAGGGAGUGAGUAUUGGCCGCUUGCACAAACAGAGGAAGCCUGAUCGCAGGAAACGCUCCCGGCCAUACAAAGCCAAACGCCAGUAAUUACAAACAAUCAUAACUUCUGUAAGAAACUUGCACCUGUGAGCACCGAGCAAUCACCACAGAGAAAAUGAAAAUUGAUGCAGUCCUGAAACUCUUAUAAAAGCAGUCUAGUGUUGUAUUUUAGCCAGAGCCUCCUCUCCUUCAUGAAAUCGACCAUGUGUUGGUCAGUUCUUUUAUCAUUUAUGUAUAUAAGUACUACCUUUUUAGCCUCAAUGCACAUUUUUUUCUUUCUUGUGCCACUGCUAUUGACGGUUUGUAAAUGUGAAAAAAGGCAUGUGCCCAGUGGUGCAUCUGAAAGCUUUUACAUCUGGCAAAGUAUUCAUUCUUAUUAAAAGAUCUACUCUACAGUCUUAUGGUCAGUAUAGUUUAGUAUGUCACUAAAUAUACGAUUUGGUAACUAAGUCGAUAUUUCCUCAACUGUAUCCCUUAUUCGUGUUUUUAUGGUGCCAAUGAAGUAUUGAAUGUUUUCACAAAAAGGCCAUGUGUUAUAUUCAUCCAUAGCAUUUCAGUUCUCUUCACUGUUAGUGAUUCACUAUAUAACAUAAAAAGAAUCUUUUUAAUCACGUUCUUCAGGGACAAUUUUUAAACUCAAGAAGAAAGUCAUGAUGCAUCUAGUUUUUUUCUUUUAAUCUAAGGGUCUCUAGCUGUGUAUGAAUAUCUCUUGAGGUCCUGCAAAUUAAAAACAAGCUCUUGUGUUAUUUUUGUACCUGAAAUGGAUCUGAAAGUCAGUGAAUAUUAUGUCUGAUGUGUGCACUUGUGUGUUUUUGUACAUAUGUAUCUGUUAAUUGGCUCACUUGUACACUGAGUUCCAUUGUUCUUUGUGCUUGUCAAUUCAUAUUAUAAUAAAGUCAAUGAAAAUAG